GCUGUCUGUGAACUCUGUGAACCGAAUGAUAUGAGUAUGAGUGAUACGGAUUUUUAGCACGCCGUAUUUUCGCGCCGUCUGAUAUCGAUACAUCGAAACUUUACCGCGAUACCACGAAUGAACGACAUUAUCGAUCGAUGUACCCCCUUUUUUUGACGUUUCUUAAGAGUAAAAGUCGUCUGCUAGGUGGCCAGUUAUGAAAACAUGUGAAAUGGUGACAUUGACAACUUGUUUACAACACAAGCAGCACCAUGGAAAAUUUACCUUGUAGUAACAAUCAGACUGCAACAUCUCCUGAUGAGUAGGCCUAGUUCCUACAAAUAAUGUGUAGAAAUUGUGUUCAUAACUACAUAACAAUGGUCUUGCACCAAUCUUAUCCCACAUCUUUUCUAGAUUAGCCAAUCAUCUAUACAAACCGAUUGAGGCUCAUCAAUGGCCUAUAGUGUAUUGUCAAAAGUACAACAUAAAAUUGUUGGGCAUAGAAAAAUUUCAUCCAUUUGAUGCCCAGAAAUGGGGCCAUAUCUUUGAGUCUGUGAAAUAUUUUAACUCCUUCAUAGAUAUUGAAAACAAAGGGGAUGAUAAAUGAAGAGAAUACAGUCCAGCCAAGUAAAGCUCAGACCAAAGACCUGCUUUUGGUCCACAGCAAAGAAUACAUUAAAUCUUUGAAGUCAAGUUGUACAGUUGCGAGAAUAGCGGAAAUGUUACCCCUAAUAAUAAUCCCCAAUUGCACCCUGCAACGAAGUUUCCUCACCCCAAUGAGAUACCAGACAGGAGGAUCUAUCUUAGCUGGACGUUUGGCGUUAGACCGCGGAUGGGCUAUCAACCUUGGAGGUGGAUUUCACCACUGUUCCAAGAAUAGAGGUGGAGGGUUUUGCCCAUUUGCUGACAUAUCAUUGUUAAUACACUUUUUAUUCAAAUAUGAGAGAUCAAGAGUGGAAAAAGUUAUGAUAGUUGAUCUGGAUGCGCACCAGGGGAAUGGUCAUGAAAGGGACUUUUGUCAUGAGCAAAAUGUUUAUGUUAUGGAUGUUUACAACAAUCGAAUUUACCCAAAAGACCAUGAAGCAAAGAGAGGCAUAAAACGAAAAAUUGAGAUUGAUCCAUUUACUUCUGACUAUGAGUAUUUAGAAUUGGUUGAGAUGAACCUAGAAGCUGCAUUUCAGGAAUUCCGCCCUGACAUACUUGUCUACAAUGCUGGCACUGAUAUUUUGGAAGGUGAUCGUUUAGGUCUUCUCUCUAUUUCUCCCUCAGGAAUUAUUCGAAGGGACCAAAUAGUGUUCAUGAAAGCGCGAGAGAGAAGAAUUCCAAUAGUCAUGCUGACUAGUGGAGGCUAUCAGCGAUGUACAGCUCGAAUUAUAGCAGAAUCAAUAAUCAAUCUCCAUGACAUUGGGCUCAUCAAUGGGCCAAAAUUAUGCUGAUGAAAAUUGUGAAUUAAAUAUAAAUAAAAUAUUUCUAAAAAA